CAUUGGCAGGCUUUAGCCCUCUGAAAGCAGAACAACCCAAGAAACUUAUUCACUGAAUAUCGAUACUCAGCGUAACACCUUUGGGAACGGGCUGCGGCGGACACAAUGACCUCUUUGCCACCUUACGGGAGUCCUGCUGGCCUGGGCCGCGGAGGAGCUAUGGGCGGAAGUGUGCCCCAUUCAUACGCAUCACCGUUCAAUGUCCCUGGAGGAGGCGCAGGAAUGCCCUCAAAUACACCAGCUCAGUUCUAUCAACGAUCUGCACCGGGACCAAUGCCGUCUGGACUUGCUGCGAGUCCCGUUCCGGCGCCAGCUCCUUCUGCUAUGAUGCCCAAGCGCCCAGCAGAAACAGCGCCUUCAGGAAAACCAAAACGAAAGCGACCAGCAGAUCGAGUGCUACCAAAGAAGAUAGAGGCAUAUAUACCAGAGUCGAGACUUUACACACAAUUACAAGAGGUCGAGAAAAAGUUGGAUGCUACCAUCAGUCGGAAGAAACUGGACAUGAUGGAGCAGAAAAAUCAGCUAAAGCCCUCGAAACGCACAUUACGAAUAUUUCUAUCCAACUUAUCUUCCGAUCAAUACGUGGAGAUGAAUCCUUUGAGUGAAAAUGAGGAUGUAUUUAGUUUGGAAAGUAUGCGAGCUCCGUCAUGGACGCUACGAAUUGAAGGGCGACUUCUAGACCUCCCGAAUAGCCGAAAACCGCAGGCAAAUCCACCAAAGUUUUCAACUUUUGUGCGAUCGGUAAUUGUGGAGCUACAACGCGACAAGGAUCUAUACCCUGAAGGCAACAUCAUAGAGUGGCAUCGAGGAGAAGGGUCUCCUGACUGCGACGGCUUCGAGAUCAAGAGAAAGGGCGACAGCGAUGUCAACGCAAAGAUCUUGAUCUACCUCGAUCACAAGCCUGAGAAGGUUAAACUCUCAACGUCGUUGUCGAAGCUUUUGGACAUACAUACGGACACUCCCACCAAUGUCAUCAUGGCCUUGUGGCAGUAUGUGAAGUCUCAAAAGCUACAGGAUCCUGAUGACAAACGGUUUAUCAACUGCGACGAACAAUUGCGACAGAUUUUGGGUCAACCAAGGAUAACGUUUGCACACAUGCCCGAACUAUUGCGUGCGCAUUUCGCUCCUCCCGACCCUAUUGUGCUGGAAUACACAGUAAGAACGGAUAAGGAGCAGAACGUAUCGCAGUUCGCGUAUGAUGUUGAGGUUGAAGUACCUAACCCUAUGCGAGAACGUCUGGAGCAGACGCUGGUAUCAAAUCCUCAACUUCAAAGGGACAUUGGGCAGUUGGAUGAUAAGAUUACCACCUUGAUACAAACAAUCAACCAUUGCAAGCUGAAACGAGAUUUUAUGCUCUCGUUUGCUAACGACCCUAUUGGGUUCCUCAACCAAUGGAUGGCCAGUCAGAGCCGGGACCUGGAGGUAAUUCUUGGCGACACGCGAUUCAACCUGGAAGAGACACGGAGAGCAACCUUCUUCGAUCAUUCUGUCGUGCAGGAGGCUGUUUUCCAUCAUUUGCGACAAAAAGAUAUCGAAUGAUUAUUGGGUUUGUCGACGAUUAUAUUUAAUCUGACAGAUUGUCGCCAGUAAAAAAAUAGUACAAAAGUAAAACCUUAACGACCAAACGCAUUAUCUAUGUGCAGUGGAUAAUCGUGCGUUUCCACUUCCUUCCGCACUCGAGCUUCAAUCAAACUUCGCUUCUGCAAGCUAAGGAAACGAUCUUUGAACAGGUUACCCUCAGGCUUCAACUCCCGCAGGGAAUCCGGAAGAUCCUCGGUC